AUGUACCUUUACUCGACCCAUCAAGACAUAAGUCUGGGGGCUCUCUGCGAGGUGAAGCAGCUUCAGAGUGUCAUGCAGGCCAGUGGACCCAACAUGCUCGACCUCCCCCAGCAGCCAUGGGUCGACCACCCAGCCCCCGCCAUCGCCUCCAGCCCGACCCCCGCCAUCCACGAGAGGCUGAGUGGAGCCAUGGCAACCAGCUACAGCAGCUCGGAGAGUUGGGCCUCCAGACUGGGAGAGGAGACAGUGCUGGCCCGGGGCAUCUCCUCAGGGAAGGUGCUGGUCACAGGGGGAGGGGGAUACUUUGGGUUCAGGCUGGGGAGAGAUCUAGCCAGCCAGGGGGUGUCAGUGAUCCUUCUGGACAUGAACAGGCCUCCCUGUGACAUCCCUGAUGGGGCCACCUUCUAUCAGGGUGACAUCCGGGAUUAUUUUUCCCUCUAUAAAAUGUGUGAAGGGGUCGACUGUAUAUUCCACACGGCUUCUUACGGCAUGUCUGGACCAGAACAGCUGAGAAAAGAACAGGUGGAGUCAGUCAAUGUGGGCGGGACCAAUAAUGUCAUAAACGUGUGCAGGGAGAGGAGCAUCCCCAGGCUGGUGUACACCAGCACCAUCAAUGUGGUGUUUGCUGGCAAACCAAUUGAGGAUGGGGACGAGGGCUCCGUGCAAUGUGUACCCCCCGACGUGCACAUUGACAACUACUCCAGAACCAAAACAAUAGCAGAGCAGAUGGUCCUCUCUGCCGACGGAUGCUCCCUAAAAGGUGGAGGUCUGCUUCGGAGCUGCGUCCUGCGGCCCUGCGGCAUCUACGGACCAGAGGAGAGGAGACACCUCCACAGAGUCAUGAUGAAUGUGGAGCGCCGGUUGUUCAGCUUCAGGUUUGGUGACCCCCGGGCCCGGAUGAACUGGGUCCAUGUGGAUAACCUGGUGCUGGCCCACAAGCUGGCUGCCGAGGCUCUCACUCUGAAGAGGAACGGAGUCGCUAGUGGACAGGCCUAUUUCAUCAAUGAUGGAGUUUCAUUAAAUCUGUUUGAGUGGUUGAGACCUUUGUUUGAGAGGCUGGGCCACAGCCAACCAACGAUAAACCUUCCUGUUUCACUCGUCUAUUCAGCAGCCAUCCUUGUUGAGUAUUUGCAUCUAGCCCUGAGACCUGUGAUAGAGGUGCCUCUCCUCUUCACCAGGAGCGAGGUAAGGAGCAUAGCUGUGAGCCACACCUUCAAGAUUGACAAAGCGCGUCGAGAGCUGGGAUACUGUCCCAAGUCCUACAGCCUGGCGGACUCUGUGGAGCACUACCUGAAGUCCAGACAGCCUCGCUCCAGCUCAGCUUUCCUCAGCCUCUCCUGGACCCCCCAGCAGCCCCUGGUCCUCCUGCUGCUGAUGGGCAUCAGCAUGCUGAUACUGAUGAUAUCCUGCAUACUCUGUCAGAACUAAACCAUUUGUAUAGAAAACGUACUGGAUGGAUCGCGGUCAAUAUAGUUUGUGAGAAAAAAACAUCUUUGGAAUGUCAUGUUAUAUAAAAAUGUCUUCCAUCUUUUAGAUUUUUUUGUAUAUGGGUAUCUGAUUUCCAAACAAUGAAACUACCAGGCUGCUUAAAAUUAUUACACCUGAGUUGUGUGAAUGUUAUUGAUUUCUCUACAGUUUGAAGUAACUAUGAAUCUAAUUUUGUACUGCACAUAUUACAAUUUGGAUUGAUUUCUUUUAAAGCAUGUAAGCAUGUUUCCAGGUUCCAUGAUAACGAUUUGUUGUGAUUCACAAAGAGUUGAAUAAGUAAUUUUGUACACUUUUGCGAAAUAAAAGCAUUAACUAUGAAUGCCUACAAUACGA